AUAUGAAAAUAAUUUAAAGUGUUUGAAAAAAGGAGAAAUACAAAUGAAUAAUAUAUAUUAGAUAAUGAAUUAUUACAUGGUAGUAAAUCUUAUGAAAUAACAGAUGGAAUUACAAAAGAAAAACAUAUUAACACAAAAUGGAACUCCUAAUAAGGGAGUUAAUAAAAAAUCAUUGGUUAAGAAUGGAAAUGUAAGUUCUGAAACUAGUCAUGCAGAUUUAGAUUUAAAAAAAGGUUGCAGCAAUGAUGAAAUAACAAAUAAAAGUCAACAAUCGAUAAUUAGUGUAAGAAAAAUAGAAGAUUUAUGUAGGACCCCCCAAAAAAGUAAUACAUUGGGAGGUUUAGGAAGCAUAGAGAACAUUCAAAUAGAAAAUGUAAAUAGCCUAAAAAAUUUCACUCCUAAUAGUUUAGGUAUAAAUUUAAUGAAAUGGCAUUCACAAACAGAAACACCAUCGAAACAUAAAAGAAAGAGGCAAUAUCUCUGUAAUGAACAUACACCUGAAAGAAAAAUAAAAAGGGAACUUUGUAGCGACAAUGAUUAUGAUCAAUUGUCUGAUGCAGUCAAAUUAGAAUCAUGUGAUAAUGAAUUAAAUGAUCUGGAAGCUAUUGAUAUGUUGCAUGAUCUCGAUUCUGUGAUGGAUUUUGAAGAAAGUAAAAUAGAUACAGACAUUUUUUGUUCGACGAUUAAUGAGACCAUGCAAGACGAUCAGACUGUAGAAACAUCCAGAGAUCCAGAAGUUGAUCCCCUUUAUAUCACUGACAAUGAAGAAACUAGUACACCUCAUAAAAAUAUAAAAAACCAAGAAACAAGUGUAGAAAAUAAGAUUAGAAUGACAGGAAAACGUAAAUGUAAUAAAGAAGAUACCGACAACGAUUAUGACGACUUAAAACAUAUUUUAGGAGAACUAGAUAUUGAAAUGCCAUUAGAAGAUGAAGAAGAAGAAGAAAGGGAAGAAAGAGAAGAAGAAGAAGAAGAAGAAGAAGAAGAAGUAGAAGAAAAAGAAGAGAAAAAUGAAUUAUCUGAAGAUGCAAUGAAGAAAUUAUAUAAGCUAAAAGUAAAAUUAAUGCAUAAAGUACCGAAACAGCAUAAAAUUGAACAUACUGCAGGCUCAAAAACAUUAACGAGAAGAGAGAAAGAGCUGUUCUUAAAACAUGGACCACUAAAAAGUGGCAUAUUUACACCUAGCGAAGAUAAAAUUAUCAAGGAUAAUUGGAAAGCAUUUUGUAAAGCUCAUGACUGGAAUCCUAAAUGUGUGAAACCCUUCAUUCAUAUGAAACAUGCUAAUAGAUUUUAUAUAAAAAGCAUGGAAGAGAGACAAAAAUUUACUCAAUUUUUAGCAAAUAAUUUACCAUGGAGAACACUGUAUAGUGUUUUUCAUAGAUUCAAACACUUAUAUGGAAAUCAUGAGAAAAUUUUUCAAAGAUAUACAUCAGUUGAAGAUAAGAAAAUUUUAUCUUACAUGAAGAAUAAACAAAAUGAGGAAAAAGUACACAGAUUUUCAGAAUUAAGUAAAAUGUUGGGACGUUCAAGACAUUCAAUUUGGUCACGUUAUCAACUGCUUAAAAAGAUGCAGCAAGAUGAAGACCCAUCGUCUGAAAUCAAAUGGACAUUAUCUUUAAUUGGUAAAUUUAUAAAAACUCUCAUGAGCAUAACAUUAUGUGAGACGGUGGAGGAUUUAAAAGAUGCUAUUAUCCCAAAACCGGUUUGGCGCAAAUUAGAAGAAAAGCUAGGUAUACACCAUAAUACAUUGAAGAAAUUCUGGAUAUUUCAAUUGCACAUGCAAUUAUUUUGUCCAGAACCUAUUUAUUUAAAUGAUAUAAAAAUAAAAUUAAUUGAAUACAUUUAUGGAAAAGGGAUUUCGAAUAGUCGAGAAAUAGUCUGGUCAAAUGUAGCGAAAUAUUUUGAUGGAGUUACUAAUAUCUUUUUGUGUAAAAUAUUUUUUUAUCUUGUGCAAGAAGCUGCUCUAAAAAUAAAUACAAAAAACUUUACUGACAUCGUGGAGUAUUUAUAUAAUGAAAAGAUACAAGAUAUAAAAAAUGAAUUAACUGAUAAAUUUCUUCCUAGACUCUUUUAUAAUGGAAAAGUUAAAAUUAUAGAUGAAGACUUAAACCAAGAUAUCAGUAUAUAAUAAAAUAGGAAAAGAUAAA